UAAAUUGCGUUUCAUCAAAUCUCGAGUUCAGUUCAGUCUUUUGGUUGAGGAAAAUUUGGAGUCUGUCAUGGAAGGAUUUGUCUCGCAUGACAUUCAUUUGUCUCGGCAUAGAUAGAGAGAAAGGGUCUCUAAGGAACAAUGGUGUUAGCUGUCCGAGAGUAGUGUUGUAAGUUUUAUCAAAGAUGAGGUGAGGCCAAUCUUCACUCACUUAUAUUAUUAUAUAGUAAGACCCUCGGAGUCAGACAGAGUGUCCGACCCUCGGUGCUUUAUUCGGCGGAAGCGGUGGGGAUAUCUCGUCUCUUCUGUAAAAGAAUCAACGAUAAUAUUAUAAAUGUUGGUGAAGCAUUCUUCUUCAACUGUGCUGAGAAGGCAACAGUUCUUGGUACGAACGCUUUGUGGCUCAAGAACUCAUCUCCCAAAGCUCAUCAGAGCAACAAUGAGUUCCAAAUCGGAGGCCGCCGACGCUGAGAGUGUUCUUAGAACCGUCACACCAUCGCUCGACCCUAAACGACACAAAGGCCAAGCUGGGAAGAUAGCUGUGAUUGGAGGUUGCCGUGAAUACACUGGAGCUCCUUACUUUGCCGCCAUUUCAGCUCUUAAAAUCGGUGCUGAUUUGUCUCAUGUGUUCUGCACGAAAGACGCAGCUCCUGUUAUUAAGAGCUAUAGUCCUGAGCUUAUUGUUCACCCUGUUCUCGAGGAAUCUUACACCAUCAGUCAGUUCAGUGAGGAAGAGAAGAGAAAAGUGGAGGAUAAAGUGAUAGGAGAAGUGGAUAAAUGGAUGGAAAGAUUUGAUUGUCUUGUGAUUGGUCCUGGUCUCGGAAGGGAUCCUUUCCUCCUGGAAUGUGUGAGUAAGAUCAUGCUUCUUGCCAAGAAGUCCAAUGUACCUUUUGUUGUUGAUGGGGACGGGCUGUUUCUCGUAACAAAUUCAAUUGAUCUUGUCAAGAGCUAUCCGCUUGCUGUCUUGACUCCAAAUGUGAACGAGUAUAAGCGUCUGGUUCAGAAAGUGCUCAACUGUGAAGUUGACGAAGAGAAUGCUGGAGAUCAGCUACGUUCUUUGGCUAAACAGAUUGGUGGUGUAACGAUUCUGAGGAAAGGAAAAACUGAUCUUAUAAGCAAUGGGGAGAUAGUAAAAUCAGUAAGCAUAUAUGGUUCACCAAGGCGAUGUGGUGGACAAGGUGAUAUUCUCUCUGGGGGUGUUGCAGUGUUUCUUUCAUGGGCGCAACAGCUUAAGUCAGAUCCUGAAAGAAAUUUCAGUCCCUCUGAGAGUCCAGCCAUCUUGGGAUGCAUAGCUGCAUCUGGCUUGCUGAGAAAGGCUGCAGCUCUGGCUUUUACAAAACAUAAGAGAUCAACUCUCACAAGUGACAUUAUUGAAUGUUUAGGGGAGAGUUUGGAGGACAUCUGCCCUGCAUCUUAAUCUGCAAAGCUGGUCUUGCCUUCUACUACAUCUUGUUGUCUGUGAAAAAAGCUUCAAAAGCUGUUCCUGUUUCUGUUGUGUUUUUUUCCUCUGUACUUUCUUCUCAAUAAUAAAAACCUGAAUAUUGUGAUUACUAAAUAAAGAUUUACUCAGGACCC